UCAACAGAGGUGUGGGGGGAGGGAAGGGCCCAGACCACGGGGAGGGGAGGGGGGCUCGGUCCGAGAAGCCUGCGAAAAGUCCUGGGUCCCGGAGCCCGGGUGAUUCCAUACCGGGCCUGGCCUUCGGAGCCAGCGUGUCCUACAGGAGGGCGCGGCGGCGGCGGCGGACGUAGCUUCGGACCCGGAGCGGCGGGCAGUCGGUCCGGCUGUGUUUGCUCGGCCGUCCAAGAACCAGGGACCUUGUGGCCGCGUCCCGUGGCCAUGGCCGGCGCCCGUGGGGAGAAGGUCACCAUGCAGGAGCAUAUGGCCAUCAACGUGAGCCCGGGCCCCAUCCGCCCCAUCCGCCAGAUCUCCGACUACUUCCCCCACUUCUACCCCUUCGCCCCCGCCCUGCUCCGGCCCCGGCCCGCCCCUCUGCGCGCCCUCCCCAGCGGGCCGGCCCCGGAGCCAGCCUCGGGCAGCCCCCUGGAGGAAGCUGGGCCGCCCGCAAAGCCCCCCGGGCUGCCCCUGGGCCCGGAGCAGGAGCAGGAUGGAGACUCGGAUGACAGCACCGCCCUGGGCUCCCUUGAAUUCACCCUCCUCUUGGACCAGCAGAACUGCGUCCUGCACUGCACGAUCCAUCGAGCCAAGGGCCUGAAGCCUUUGGACUCGGGCUCCAUCGACACCUUCGUGAAGGCGAACCUGCUGCCGGGAAUGAGCAAGGCAAGUCAGCUGCGCACGCGGACGGUGCGGGCCAGCCGGGGGCCGCACUGGGACGAGACGCUCACCUACCACGGCUUCACCUGCCAGGACGCCGGGCGCAAGACUCUGCGGCUGUGCGUGUGCGAGGAGUCGCGCCUGCGGAGGCGGGCAGAGCCCCUGGGGGAGCUGCGGGUGCCCCUGAAGAAGCUGGCGCCCAACCUGACCCGGAGCUUCGACAUCUGCCUGGAGAAGAGGCGCCUGAGCAAGAGGCCCCGCAGCCUGGACACUGCCAGAGGCAUGGCCCUGUAUGAGGAGGAGGAGGUGGAAGCGGCGGGGGAGGAGCGGGGCCGGAUUCUGCUGUCCCUCUGCUACAGCUCCCAGCGGGGGGGCCUGCUGGUCGGGGUCUUACGCUGCGCCCACCUGGCCCCCAUGGAUGCCAACGGGUACUCGGACCCUUUCGUGCGCAUCUUCCUCCGACCAAACGCGGGUAAGAAGUCCAAAUACAAGACGACGGUGCGGAAGAAGACCCUGAACCCAGAGUUCAAUGAGGAGUUCUUCUACGCGGGGCAGAGGGAGGAGCUCGCCCAGAAGACGCUGCUGGUGUCGGUGUGGGACUAUGACCUGGGCACGGCCAACGACUUCAUCGGCGGGGUGCAGCUGAGCAUCAACUCCACCGGGGAGAAGCUUCGGCACUGGCGCGAGUGCCUGGCCCGCAGCGACCGGCGCCUGGAGCUCUGGCACCCGCUCGACGGAGCCCACCCCCAGCUGGGCGACUAGGCCCGGAGGGGACCGCGAGGAGCAAGGCGGAGGAGCCCCUGCAUGGGCCCUUUUGGGGCGGCUCCCCUCCUUUCCUGCACUCUCCAAUAAACACUGGUUCAACGCAG